AAGCAAGCAAACACACAACAAACGAACACUGGCAGAGCCAAUUUAGCCAAAACCUCAAACGCUCUCUGCUCUUGCCCCUCCACUGUACUUCACAAAGCUCACACACGGCCCCUUCUAGGGAGAGAAAGCAAAGCAAAGCAAAGCAAAGCAAAAGAACAACCAGAAGGGAAGAAAACCCCAUCACUCCGAUACAGUUCCAAGCUGCUUGAGGGUUCUCUGAUUUCUUUUAGGGGGUUGGUUCUCUUCCCAUUUCUCUCACCAACAAACAAUCCGCAAAAACCCACUAGGAAAGGUGAAGUCUUUCCUUUCCCCUCCCACCGGAUUGAAAAAACCACGAAAUGCAGGUUCCCUUUUGAAAGAACGACUCAACGAAGGAUCUCCCAAGAUCUCUCUCAUUCUCAUCCGAAACUCUUUGUGCAGGAGUGAAUAUGUGUAUGGUGGGACUAAGAACUGAACCGGUGGCUUAAGCUUAUUUGAAAGAAGGAAAUGGGGCCUGAUACAUCUCUUGAUUAUGCUGUGUUUCAACUGUCGCCGAGGCACUCGCGAUGUGAGCUGUUUGUAUCGAGGAAUGGGACGACAGAGAAGCUUGCUUCAGGACUUGUUAAGCCAUUUGUGACUCAUUUGAAGGUUGCAGAAGAGCAGGUUGCACAUGCAGUUAAUUCGAUUAAACUUGAAGCUGGAAAUCACAGAAAUGCUGAGACUUGGUUCACCAAAGGAACACUGGAGAGGUUUGUGCGGUUUGUCAGCACACCUGAGGUUUUGGAGAUGGUGAACACAUUUGAUGCUGAGAUGUCGCAAUUGGAAGGAGCUCGAAAAAUAUAUUCUCAGGGGGGUGGAGGCCAAGUGUCUAGUUCAGGUUUGUAUUCUUCUCCUGUUCUUGGCAACUUAGUUCCCUGAAGAUCAUAUUUCCUUUGUCUGAAAGAAACAAAGAUGCCAUAAUUUUUUCAGUAUUUUUUAUUUAUUGACUUAUGUUAAUGCUUAUCCCCAAUAAUAAAAACUUAGCGGUGGUUUGGUUUGCCUGAUUUUUAAAUUGGUGCAUUGUGAUCAAUACAUGUAUAACAUUAUACAUGUAUUGUUGAAUUUGGUUUAUUGUAGAUUACAACAUCUGGUACUUGUGAUUGUGUUUUCAAUAUUUAGAAGAUCAUCUUAUGCUUUUCAUUUUGAAAGUAAUGGUUGGAUUGCAGUAGGUUGUGGACAUCUAGAACUUGCCAUUUUCAGUUAAACAGAAGUAUGUGGAAAUGUUGCUACAUCACUAAAGAGUCUGGUUUAGGUGUAACAUGGUCUGAUCUGGCGUACAGAUUUUUUUGUAGCAAGGUAUGUUUAUUCUUUCCAUGAUAAGAAACAAGUAGAGGGUUGCUUAAAGCGCUCUCCCUUAUGGUUAUUAUGAUGAGAGUAUCUAAUGUAAUUUCAAAUGGUUCUGUCUUAAGCUUAUUUCAUAAAUGUACAAUACUAUGAACAAUUGGGAUCAGGAUCUCCUAUUGUGGGAGAAAGGAUUUCUCUAUGUGCAGUGUCUGGGUUAUAUCCUAUUCGUUGAUAAGGAUAAGGUGUGCCUGGUCGCAACUCAUGCGAGAUGAAUUUAUUAGGUACCGGAAAGAAAAGGACCCACUAGAGAUGGAAGGUAUUUGGUGGUUGGAACUACUUGGAAGUGUUUGCUGGUCAACAUUCGUGGCACUAUCUUGAAGAAGCAUGUUUUAGAUAUACCAUUGUGUUUUCUGAAACUUGAAUCAUUAUCGUACUUCAGUUGCGACAUUGCUUGCUUGAAAAUGAGCAAUGUCUUGGGAACUGUUGAUAAUAAGCCAGCCCUUGAGUGGUUCUGUGGAGGUUUUUACUAGGAAAAACAAUAGAGCGCAAGGUAGUCUAGCCUAUGGAACUUAAUGACAAGAGCAAAUUAGCCUCUCUGUCAGUCAUACAAUGGUGCUCUUGAUGGCUGAUAAUUCAUCAAAUCUAAAGCUUGGUGUGGAAAGUCCAUGGUAUUGAACUAUUGAUAGAGAUUUAAGAAAAAGUAAGAUUAAGGGUCUUUGUCGUCAAAGACUUCAAUGAUAUUUUCAUGUUCGCAUCAAUCACAUCUAUUAUGUUGCUGAGAUACAAAAGCUCUGUCCGAUUUGCUCUCUUUCAAUGUUUGCAUCUUUAACUUUGUGACACUAGACAUCUUGAUCUUAAUUUACACUGAUAUUUCUCUUGCACUAUAUUUUUUCGGCAAUGUGCUUGUUUACCCUAACUGGUUGAUUGAUAAACUGUCCAGGUGAGGGUGGUACAGGUUCCGUGGAAGGAGCUGAUGCAACAAAGAAAGAGCUUUUGAGGGCAAUAGAUGUUCGGCUGAGCGCGGUUAGGCAGGAUUUAGUUACAGCCUGUUCUCGUGCUUCAGCUGCUGGCUUCAACCCUGAGACUAUAUUGGAACUCCAGCUCUUUGCAGAUUGCUUUGGGGCCUAUCGUCUUAACGAAGCUUGUACACAAUAUAUCUCACUGUGCCAGAGACGAGUGGAUUUGAUCAAUCAGUUGAAGCCACGUGUCGAGGAUCAAGCUGUCCGGUCAUCAUGGGGAUCAGACAUGUCCAUUGAUGAUUCCAAUGAUGAUCCAAGUGGGUCCCACCAACCCUCUUUCCAAGGCAAACACCUUGCAGGACAAGAGCAAAGAAGCCUGGACACAACUAUCCGAUCUCAAGCUAGACAACAGACGUCUUCUUCCUCCCUUCCUGUACAGCAUCAGAAAGAGAAGGAAGAAGAGAAGAAGGAAGGAGCUAUUCCUGAGUCAUCACCUGGACUACCAAGCCAACCUUCCAGGCGACUAAGCGUUCAAGACCGGAUUAGCCUGUUUGAGAACAAGCAGAAGGAAAACUCUGGUGGCAAGUCAAUAUCUGUUGGAAAAUCUGCUGAGUUAAGGAGAUUAUCCUCUGAUGUGUCCUCUGCACCUGCGGCUGAAAAGGCUGUGCUGAAGAGAUGGAGUGGAGCUAGUGAUAUGAGCAUAGAUACAGGCAAUGACAGAAAGGAUGGUAACAACACGGAUAGCCCAUUGUGCAUACCCUCUUCAUCAUCUGCUGCAUCCCUAGCCAAAGCUACCGUCUUUCCUUUCUCCUCCGAGGAUAAUAGCAAGGACCUGAAAGAUUUACACGAUCCUAUUUCUGCUUCUGAAUUGAAAGAUCAGGGUGAGUUGCACACAAUUAGUGUUGGAGGGAAGGGCCAUGAGUUGGAGUUGAAGGAUAAUAAAGUUAACUGGAAUGAUCAAGGGGGGCCUCAGGCUGGGGCGGAGAAUAACAGUUUUCGGGAGGUGAGAUCAGGGGUCACAUUCGGUAGGGCAGACAGUUUUGGUGGAGAUAAAGAUCCUGUGGUGAUUGAAGGCAAGCCAAAUCAUUCGCGGCUUAGGGUGCCAGAUAGUGAAUUUGGGAAGAGAGUUGAAGACACCGAGGCAAAAGAUCAUCUCCCAAAUCAUUCACGGCCUAAGAGUCAUGGUAGAUCUCUUUCAGGGCAGUUUGAAGGUGGCUUAGGUGGGAGAUCGAAGAACUUGUUGCUACAUAAAGAGGUUGCAGGUGAUCAGUCUGCAUCUCAGCCUCAGUGGAGAUCCUUUAACAGCAAAGCCGAGCGAGCAGGGAAGAAGGAUUUUUCAUAUUCUGGGAGGGACUCAACAAAGGGGGAAAACCUUGAAGCACCAGCAACAGUGAAGAUGCAAAAACCAGUUUUUAGUGGGGAAGAACAGAUGAAGAAACUGGGGGAUGGAAAUGAUGAGAGUUCUGUUCCUUUCGGAAGCAGCAAACCAAUUAAUUUUGGUAAAAGGACCCCGGACCCUCAGGAAAGUAACCUUUCUGCACAAGCAUCAUCUAUUGAGCAAUUUCAAAGGGUACGACAAUCUAAAGGAAAUCAGGAGCUGAAUGAUGAGCUGAAAAUGAAGGCAAAUGAACUUGAAAAGCUUUUCGCAGAACAUAAACUUCGUGUUCCUGGGGAUCAAUCGAACCCCAACAGGAGAAACAAGCCUAUAGAAAUACAGAUUGAACAACAGAUGGCGACUUCGAUUCAGAAAAGACCAGCAGCAGCAGCAGUGGAGAGUUCUCCUAUACAUUUUCAGAUCAAGAAAGUGGAGCUUGAAGCAGUUGGAAAUAGUGAUACACUAGAGUUCAACACUCCACCUACAAAAAUGUUAGAUCAGCCAGACUAUAGCAGCUCAUUGAGAAGGAAUUUCUCUGACCUCAGUUUUUCUGAUGAUUCUAGAGGAAAGUUCUAUGAAACGUACAUGAAGAAGAGAGAUGCAAAACUGAGAGAAGAGUGGGGUACCAAAAGGGCAGAGAAGGAAGCUAAGUUGAAGGCCAUGCAUGAUAGCCUUGAUCGAAGUAGGGCCGAGAUGAAAUCUAAAUUUUCAGCAUCUGCUGAUAAGCAGGAUUCACGUGCUCGUCGACGUACUGAGAAGCUGAGAUCAUUCGCUGCUCAUUCAAGCGCUAAGAAACAGCAGCUCCCUACCGACUUAAUCCAAAGUGACGAGGAUGAAGAUCUCCCUGCCUAUUCAGAACAGUUUUAUGGGCAAGACAAAUCAUUUAAUGAGGCAGCUGGUCAGAACAAAAAGUUCACACCAAACCGGAAUGUGUCUUCAUCGACUCGGAUAGCUGCAGCAGCACCUGUUCCACGGUCAGCAGUGAAAAGUUCCAACCCGAGCUCUGGAAAGCGAAGAACACCAUCUGAAAAUCAUCUUGCCCAGUCAGUUCCAAACUUCUCAGAAUUCAGGAAGGAGAACACAAAGCCAUUUCUUGGAGCUGGCAAGACUACAAACCGCUCUCAGGUGAGAAACUCUCGCAGCAAGAGCAAUGGAGAAGAUGUACCACUAACAAAAGAAGAUAAUAAGUCACGACGUUCUCAGGCUUUGAGGAAAAGUACUGCCGGUCCUCCUGAGUUGAAGGAUUUGUCUCCUCUCACCACUGAUGCCACUAUUUUGGCCCCAUUGAAAUCUGAUAAAGAUCAGAUUGAGUCAAAGACUUUCUUGAAGAAGGGGAAUGGGAUAGGUCCAGGUGCUGGACCAGGUAUUGCAAAACUCCAAGCAUCAUCAGCUAUCUCCGAGACUUUGAGAAGUGAAGAUGAGUUUGAAGAUUCUGCUUUUGAAAUGGAGGAUGAUCCUGACGUUGCUAGGGAUGUAGCAGAAGAGGAGCUUGAGACAACUGAGGUGGAAGAAUGUGUGAAUGUUGAUAAUAAUGGUAAGUCAAGACUGAGUCAUGAAUCUGAGAAGAUGGUUAUGUCAGAAUCAGACAACAGUGACCCUCAAAGAUCUCAGCUCGAUAUUUCCUCAGUUGCUGAAUUGCCUGCAUCCGUGCCUUUGGCAUUCGGUGCUGUAGAAGAUUCACCUGCAGAAAGCCCUGUUUCAUGGAACAUGCACCCAUUUUCUUAUCAACAUGAGACCUCAGAUGUUGAUGCUUUUGUGGAUUCUCCAAUGGGGAGCCCCGCAUCAUGGAACUCUCACUCCCUGUCUCAAGCAGAAGCAGAUGCUGCUGCACGAAUGAGAAAGAAGUGGGGGAGUGCUCAGAAACCUGUUCUUGUUAGUUCAUCUAAUAACCACUCCCGAAAAGAUGUAACGAAAGGUUUCAAAAGGUUGAUAAAGUUCGGAAGGAAAAGCCGUGGGGAGACUUUGGCUGACUGGAUUUCUGCAACUACUUCUGAAGGAGAUGAUGAUACAGAAGAUGGGCGAGAUCCUGCUAGUCGGUCGUCGGAAGACUUGAGGAAGUCGAGGAUGGGAUUUUCACACAGCCAUCCUUCUGAUGACGGCUUUAAUGAAGGAGAAUUAUUCAAUGAGCAAGUUCAAGCCUUGCAUACCUCCAUUCCAGCACCUCCUGCCAACUUCAAAUUGAGGGAUGAUCAUGCUUCAGGAAGCGCAAUUAAAGCUCCACGGUCAUUCUUUUCUCUUUCAAACUUCCGUAGCAAGGGAGGGGAUUCAAAGACACGUUAAUAAGACAGCCAUUGGUUGGAGGGUUGGUCCAGCCCAGGAGAACCUUCAUGCAGCAAAUAUGAUGUAAAGAAUGAAUGGUUGGUACAAGAAGAGAACACAGAGGAUGGAUGAUACAGAGGGAAGAAAUGCCAAUUUUUGGUGGUGAAAUGUGUUGUAUAUUGUAAUCUGAACUGGAGAGAUCCCCGCCUAUUUGGCCAAGUCUUGUGAUUUUUGACAGUCUUCUAGGAGCAUUCUUUUCCAACGUUUUUCUACUACUACCAUGAUUUCAUUAUCAGUUCUUUGUCCAGCGUUUGUGUGAUCAAGAUAAGAUGUAUGUGAGUUUGUCAACUCUGUGUUUAGAUAAUAACUAUAUAUGGACCUUGAUGGUGGCAUUGGAGCAGCAACUAACUAACACAAUUUUUCAGAGGAAAAGCUUCGGUAAUUAUCCGAAAUGUUAUGUCUCCUAGC